AACCUCGGGACGAACAUGCAGAACUUGUGUUUCUUUGUUCUCUCGGCUCUUACGCUGAGCCUGCUUCUAGUCGAAAUGGGCCACAUGUAUGACCUAGAUUGUACAUGGCGAAAUGAAACACCCAGAUGCCUUUUGCCUCAAACGUGCAAUUGCUCCAUGCCACCGGAGGACCCUAACGGAUAUGACCUGUACACCUACAACGCGACCAACCACUCAUGCGUUCUUGUCAAAGCAAUGAACACCAGUUGUAACGUUUUCGACUCCAAAACACAAUGCGAGUACUUCUGUGCUGACGGUGAAGAUUAUUCCUACGAAGAGACAUCGGUAUCAAAUGACGAGAUUGAGGAACCUGGCAACGGUCUCGAAUAAAGUUGCACAGAACGUUGGUGAAUAAAGGGUUAUUGCUUUGA